CACGAUUCGCAGCAGAGCUGGCUGGGCAACUUUUCGAAAAACUUCCUCAACCGCCGAUUCCAUCGCACCUUCUCCCGCCCACACAUCGCCGAGAUAUACUGCCUCUGCGAUCUCCCGGUGUUCUACUUUUUGCCGUUGUCCCAGAGGCUUUUCCUAUUUUCUGAUACCCAUAUCGGUCGCGCCGGCUAGGUUGACAUUCGAGAACAUUGGUCGCGCCUCCAGGUAGUCACAGCCUCUCCUAAUUCCGAACUCGAUAACAGCUUCCUCCUCCUUCCCGACUUUGCCUCCAAUAGCACACCGAGUCUGCUUGCGGCAUGGCAUCUCAACCCCACGGUAAUCCCUACAACCAAGCGUACAUGCCUAACGGCGCCAUGCCUCACCAGCCCGGUCCCGUUCCAGGGGCCACACCUCUGCUCCCGAAUCAAGGCCGCGUCAUCCAAACCGGUCCCAUCAGGGUGCUCUGCAUUGCAGAUGUGCGAGGCAACCUGCGGUCCCUCAACGAGCUCGCAAAGUCGGCCCGUGCUGACUACAUCAUCCACACCGGCGAUUUCGGUUUCUACGACGAGACAUCCCUCGAGCGCAUUGCUGAGAAGACCCUCAAGCAUGUCGCGCAAUAUUCCCCCUUAAUCUCGGAGGCGACGAAGAAGGCCAUCGCGCAAGGGGUCCCAGGCCCGGUCAAGACGCGGUUUCCUGCGAGCGAACUUCCCCUCUCAGAGCUCCCACAGCUCAUCAGUGGCGAGCUGAAGCUGGACGUCCCGGUCUACACGGUGUGGGGUGCCUGUGAAGAUGUGCGGGUGCUGGAGAAGUUCCGGUCCAAGGAAUACAAGGUGCCCAAUCUCUUUAUCAUUGAUGAGGCGCAGUCCAUGCUGCUCGAGAUUGGCGGCGUGAAGCUCCGGCUUCUCGGAUUGGGUGGCGCCGUUGUCAUGCACAAGCUCUUCGACAAUGGCGAGGGACGCACGACAAUUGCGGGUGGCCAGGGGACCAUGUGGACGACUCUCCUGCAGAUGGGCGAGCUCGUCGACACUGCGAACCGCGUUUACGAUCCGACCGAAACGCGCAUCUUCAUUACGCACGCGUCCCCGGCUCGCGAAGGCAUCUUGAACCAGCUCUCGGUAACCCUCAAGGCGGAUUUCUCCAUCUCGGCUGGCCUCCACUUCCGCUACGGCAGCUCGUACAACGAGUUCAGCGUGAAUCCCACUCUGGACCACUACCGCGGCAAGCUCGCUGCGUCCAAGGCCUCGUUCAACGACGUGUGGGAGACGGUCAAGGGGGAGGUUGAGCCGGCCAUCCAACAGGUUGAAGCACAACAGACUCUGCUCAAGAACGCAUUGGCUGUUGUUGACAAGAUGCCUUCGACUGCAGCGGGCGGCAACCCAUUCGGCGGCGCAGCUACUGGCCAGUCGGCGGCGGCUCUGGGCCAAGUGGAUGAGAGCGCCUUCAAGAACAUGUGGAACUUUAACCUUGCGGAUGCUGCGUUUGGUUGGCUAGUCUUGGAGAUUCAGGACGGCAGAAUCGGUACAGAGAUGCGUGCUCAGGGAUUCAACUUCUCUCACCGUGGAGCCAAACAACAACCUGGCGCGCAGUCCGCUCCGGUCGCCCCAGUUGCCGCCGGUACGAGCCCGGUGUCCCAAGCGCCUCCGACCGCACCGCCUGCAGCUAUGUCGGCCGCCCCUGCGAGAGCUCCCGCGCCUGCGCAGCCCCCGAGACCCGCUGCGGCGACGCCCACUCCGGCGCAGACGAAGCCUGCGACACCCCAGCCCGCGCCUGCCGCGUCCCCGGCGCCAAAAGAGGAGAAGGCGGCACCGGCUGCUGCUAACGGAGCUGCGGGCGCCUCCGAAGCGCCGCCGUCAUCCGCCCCAAAGAAUCCGGCGGAUAACAUCAUCGGCUUGUUUGUCAUGAACGCGCAGAGCGAUGAGCAGGUCCGCGACCUGUUUGCUGAAGAGGAUAAGGCAAGGAUCCUCAAGAUCGAGCGGUGGGGCGCAAACAACAAGGUGGCGCAGUUCAAGACGACCGAGGAACGAGACGCUGCUAUGGAGCGUCUCCCCGACGAGGUGAAGAACCGCGCGCCGGGCCAGGAGGACCGUUCGAAGCCCCUCGUCAAGAUCUUCUCGCCGCCCUCGCGCCAGUUCUCGCGUGGCGGCGCUGGCAACUGGGGGAGCAGCCGUGGUGGCAGGGACGGCGGUAACACCCAGGGCAGCGGAUAUCGGAGUGCCGGCGGCGGAGGUGCUAGCGACAGCGAAGGCGCCGGGCGUCGCGGUGGACGUGGUGGACGGGGUGGUCGUGGCGGCGACCGCGGACGGGGACGGGGCCCACGCGGCGGGGUGAAGGGUGAGGGUGCCAGUCCUGCUCCUCCGGCCGACUCUUAGGCGGUUUCGUUCGAGAAUCAGGGAACUAAGGAAGGACGCAAUGAUUGGUAGGCCCCGCUGCCGCCCUUUUACCACAGACCAUCCUCGAAAAACGACAACGAGAAGAUAAUUACUUUGAGGACGAAUGAACUCAGUUGACCCAUAACGACACGGAGUUGCUCUCGCCCACCGACAUACGCCUUUCAAAUUUGACGAUGCUUCGGCCUGCUUUACGCAGCCAACCUCUUAUUUCAUUUCUCUUCUCUCCCUUUCCAUUUUGAGGGAGGAUAAACCUGGAUGGAUUGGGCUCGCCUUUUUGCUGCUUGGCUCUGGA